GUGUGUAUGCUGUUGGUCGCAGAUGACCUUUACAGCGUCACCGGGUUUGGGGACGGCGAGAUCCUAAGGGGACCUCAAGCAGAGAAUUGGCGAAGGCAACAGAACUGCAGAACUCAAAAUCAUUUCAAACUAAAAUCAUCUUAGCUCUUAGAUGAUUUGCCUGUCAUGUACUCAUGUCCAAGCUGUAACUUGCUGACAACUGAUCUUAAAUGAAUUAAAGACUUAUUCCGGGAAAAUAACAUUUGUUGCUGCAGUUUAGAGAAUAAUGCCAGAAUCGACACCAAUGAAACAGCUGCUAGCAUGCCAAUAAAAUAUUUUCGAAUGGCAACAUCAAAUUCCACGUCAACAAAUUUGACAGUUCAGCUUCAGUCAUUCGUAAAUUGUUUGCAGAGCUUUACAUUUUGUGCAAGUAUUAUUUUCUAAAAUGAUUACUGUUUUAAACACAAUUGAUACCGGCCAUGAAGAUAUGAUACACGAUGCAGAGCUUGACUAUUAUGGACUUAGGCUAGCAACAUGUUCUUCCGAUAAUUCAGUGAAAAUAUACGACAUCAAAAGUGGAACUCAAACUUUAGCAGCCGACCUAAAGGGUCAUUUUGGACCAGUAUGGCAAGUAGCUUGGGCUCAUCCUAAAUAUGGUAACCUAUUGGCAUCUUGCUCCUACGACCGAAAAGUAAUAAUAUGGAAAGAAGCAGGUGAAUGGACAAAAUUGUAUGAAUAUUCUGGUCAUGAGAGUUCUGUCAAUUCGGUCGCGUGGGCGCCGGCUGAUUAUGGGUUGAUUCUGGCUUGCUGCAGCUCUGAUGGCUCUGUGUCCAUCAUUACAUAUAUUCAGGACACUGGAAACUGGGAUGUGAAGAAAAUUCCUGCUGCUCAUGCCAUUGGGGUAAAUUCAAUCAGUUGGUGUCCUGCUAUAUCUGCUGAUCUGAAUCUAGAUCCACUGAGUAACAAAGAGGCAACUAAAAGAAUAGUUACUGGGGGAUGUGACAACUUGAUCAAGAUAUGGAGGGAACAAGGUGACCAAUGGAUUGAAGAAAACCGUUUGGAAAUGCAUAUGGAUUGGGUCCGUGAUGUGGCCUGGGCUCCAUCUCUUGGCUUACAGCGGUCCAUGAUUGCCAGCUGUUCUCAGGAUAAACGAGUUGUUAUCUGGACCAGUGAUGAUAAUGUGUCUUGGACACCCACAAUCCUCAAUACUUUUGAUGAUGUCGUUUGGAGUUUAAGCUGGUCGCUGACUGGAAAUAUAUUGGCAGUUUCUGGAGGAGAUAAUAAAGUUAGCCUUUGGAAAGAAAGUGCUGAAGGGCAGUGGUUAUGUAUAAGUGAAGUGGCCAAAGGAUUGGGACAAACACCUAAUGAGGAGAGAAGCACUCUUUGAUUUAAACAAUUUCCUUAAUAUUAAUUAAUGAUUAUUUUUGAUUUAGUGUUUAAUGUAAAUUAAUUAACAUGAAUAAAUUGUUUAUUUUUCUGAUUUAG